CCGUUUUUCUUGGGGAAAGGAGCGCGGGACCGGCCAGGCUCUGCGGAUCCUGAGCCCCGGGGGCCGGUGUGGCAGUAACGGUGCCGGUCCGGGUUUGUGGGUGCGGCCUAUCUUGCCAUGCGAGAACCGGAGACCCCGCGCACCUCCGCCGUCUCGCUUCAGCCACCUGGGCCUGGCGGUGAAGGAGACCCUAGAGGGAAGUCAGAGCUGGAGGGCCACAGUGGAAGCCCCCUGCAAAACGCUGGGUGGGACCUAGAUUCCGGUCAGGCCUCUGGGGACUGGGAGGACCCGGUGGACAGCUCUGAACAGAAUUGGUGGUGGAUCCCGGGGGGGAGCAGACUCAGGUGUCCAGCUACAUCUUAUUUACAGAUGUGAACCCAGAUAGGGGUGACUGCGGGCCUUCUCCCAUCUCCUUCCCGUUUGCAUUCUUGCAUGCAUGCCGGCGGGGGUUAUCCCAAGCCGUGGGAGUGUGGAGGGUGGGUUCUGAGAGUCCAGACAAACCCUGGGUGUCAUGAAUCCUCUCUGCUUCCGCUGUUCUGCCAGUCUCAGAAAAGGGCUUUGAAAAGGUGAAGCGCAUUGCUGUUGCUCCUCCAAGAGCCAGAUUUCCUAGAAGAAAAAGACUUGCACAAGGAAGGUAGAGUUAUCUGAGUAUAACUCAGUCUAUAAUGGCACUGACAAAACCACAAUAAAAUGAACUGAAUAUUCAUUUACCUGAAAUGGAAUUAAAAUCAUGUUGGAAGAACUGCAACUGGGCAUAUGUGGAGUUGAGGUGGCUCUGGCCUUUCUGUGGACUCUACUUCUUCAGUCAAUGAACCUUGAGGAAAACUGACCAUUUCUUGCAAUUCUAAAAUCAUGGCUCAUGAUUUGGUGAUGUUCAGAGAUGUGACUGUAGACUUUUCUCAGGAGGAGUGGGAAUGCCUGAACUCCUAUCAGAGGAAUUUGUACAGAGAUGUGAUUUUAGAAAACUAUAGCAACUUGUUAUUCUUGGCAGGAUGUCCCAUUUCUAAGCCAGAUGUGAUUACCCUGUUGGAACAAGGGAAGGAGCCCUGGAUGAUUGUGAGGGAUGAGAACAGAAGAUGGAACCUAGAUUUGGAAUCCAAAUAUGACACUAAAAAGUUAUUUCAAGAAAAGGAUAUUUGUGAAAUGAAUUUAUCUCAGUGGGAAAUAAUGGAAAGAAUUAAAAGUCGUGGCCUUGAUUAUUCCAUUUUUGGAGAAGACUAUGAAUAUAAAAAGUUUGAGGAACAAGAGGGUCCUCACAAAGUCUACUUCAGGCAAGUGACAAAAAACACCCCUGAAAAAAUACCCACUUAUAGAAAACUCCCAUCUCUUGCUCUGUAUCAGAAAAGUCAUAAUAGAGAGAAGCCCUAUGCAUGCGGGGAGUGUGGGAAGGCGUUUAGAGUUCGCCAGCAACUUACUUUCCAUCAGAGAAUCCAUACUGGGGAGAAGCCCUAUGAAUGCAAACAAUGUGGAAAGGCCUUCAGACAAUGUGCCCACCUGAGUAGACAUCAGAGAAUUCAUACAUCUGACAAACUCUAUGAGUGUAAAAAGUGUGGGAACAUCUUUACAUGUAGCUCAGACCUUCGAGUACAUCAGAGGAUUCAUAUUGGUGAGAAGCCCUACGAAUGUAAGGAAUGUGGGAAGGCCUUCAGAGUGCGGGGCCAACUUACUCUCCAUCAGCGGAUUCACACGGGUGAGAAGCCCUAUGAGUGUAAGGAGUGCGGGAAGACCUUCAGGCAGUACGCACACCUUACUCGACACCAGAGGCUUAACAUUGGCGAGAAGUGCUAUGAGUGUAAGGAAUGCGGGCAGGCUUUCCUGUGCAGUACCGGCCUUCGAAUCCAUCACAAACUCCACACCGGCGAGAAGCCCUAUGACUGCAAGGAGUGCGGGAAGGCCUUCAGGGUGCGGCAGCAGCUGACUCUGCAUCAGAGGAUCCACACCGGCGAGAAGCCCUACGAUUGCAAGGAGUGCGGGAAGACCUUUAGUCGCGGCUAUCACCUGACUCUCCAUCAGAGAAUUCAUACAGGUGAGAAACCUUACGAAUGCAAGGAGUGUCAGAAGUUCUUUCGUCGGUACUCAGAACUAAUUUCACAUCAAGGUAUUCAUAUUGGAGAGAAACCCUAUGACUGUAAGGAAUGUGGGAAGGCCUUCCGGCUGUUCUCACAACUCACUCAACACCAGAGCAUUCACUUUGGUGAGAAACCCUACAAAUGUAAGGAAUGCGAGAAGACUUUCAGACUGCUCUCACAACUAACUCAGCAUCAGAGCAUUCACACUGGAGAGAAACCCUAUGACUGUAAGGAGUGUGGCAAGGCCUUCAGACUUCAUUCAUCACUUAUUCAACACCAGAGAAUUCAUUCUGGUGAGAAGCCCUACAAAUGUUCAGAAUGUAAGAAGGCCUUCAGACAACAUUCACACCUUACUUACCAUCAGCGAAUUCAUAACGUAACUUAAUAACUAUGAGAAUCCUUCAAAUGUGAACAUAGUGUUAAGGAGCAUUAGAAAAUAAAUUCUAGAGGGAGGUUUUCAAAUGUAGGAAUCCCUUUUGCUUCAUGCUCACAACUUAGUAUAAAGUUUGUAUUUAAAGGAAACAAUAUGUUAACUUAAUGACUAUGUAGCAGCCUUUUUUCACCAGUCAAGCCAUGUUAACUGUAGGAAAUUGACUGUAGAAAGGAAUUUUGUUAAAGAAGUAUGGAAAAGCUUUGGUUCUUUCAUCAUCCCUAUUCUAUCUGUGUGGUGUGCCUGUGAAGGUCGCCACGGCACCAUCUCACUCUGAAAACGGAUAAAUGAAAAGAGAGAAAAGUCAUUUAGUCUGAAUUUCCUAUAUAAACUGUAUUUCACGACAACCAGAAGUUAAUGAGGUAAAGUUCUUUGUUAGAGAAUUCCAGUAAAUGAAUGCAGAAAGAAUUAUAGAAUUAGAAAGUUCUAUUAGAAAAAACAUGUAGCAUAUAAUGUAAUAAUGGAUGUAGAACCAGUUCUCCAUAGAGGUCAAGGCCAUUAAGUGAAAGGUUGACUUGAACUUUACAGUGAACAGAUCAGGCUGACAACAUCUGAAUCCACUGAUCAGAAGUAGGAUAAGAAAAUAUUAUGUGCCUCCUAAUGUGCAAUAAAAUAUACUCAUCUUACCAAAAAUGCUGAACCUAAAUUCAAGCCUGAAUAUCCAACUCCAAGUUUAGAGAAAGUAGGGAAUGGAGGAACAUAAUUACUUGACACAGCAAGAAGCAAAUCUAAAUGUGGGCGAUUCUACAAGAGAAGUGACCCAGCUUCUCAACCAAUAAAAUGACAUUGAGAAAAGGAGCUAGAACUCCUAAGAUACUGAAAAAACUAGAGCCAUAUCAAUCAAAUGCAAUGAAAGAAUGGUUCUUCAGGUCAUGACAUUUUUUCACAAUUGGGAAAAUGGGAAUAUUCCUAGUAGUAGAUAGUGUUAAUAAAUUGUUUUUAUUGGGUGUGAAGAAUAGCAUUUUGGUUAUGUAAAAAAAAAAAAAAAAGUCUAUUCAUUAGGGAUGUAUAUACACAAGA